GAUAAGGAAAAGAAGGGUACGGCUCUCAAAACCCCCCUCAGACUCAACAAAGCUACUGGUAAGGAAAGCAGCGUUCAGCUAGCCUUUUCUGAGUCGAACUGGGGAACAUUCACUCGAGACUAUUACCUGUCCCUUCUGAGGUGUGGCCCGAAAUAUACAGCGGACACGAUUAUCAUGGCACACCCGUUCAUGAAAGAUUCAAGCUCAGAUGGUAGCAUUAAAGGCUCAAAUGUCAAGGAAGGUGUUGCAGCCAGUGGGGAGCGGGCAAUGCUCUGUGAGUGUUUUUUUCUUGUUCCGUGCUCCAGUGACUGA